AUGCUGAGGAAACUAAAUGUAGAAGAAGAAUUUGUGAGGGGAAAUGACAUCGAAGAGCUAUUGCAAAGGCUUAAGAGCAAGUUAGAUGAUAAGUACUUGGUAGUUUUAGAUGACGUUUGGGGAACGGGUGAAAGGAAGUGGUGGGAAAGCUUAAAGUCCGCUUUGCCCAAAGUGAGAGGCAGUUAUGUCAUUGUUACAACAAGGAAUGAAGAGGUUGCUACAUCAAUGGGGGCUACUGACAAGCGAAUACAUCAUCUGCAAAUUCUUUCAAAUGAAAAUAGUUGGUCAUUAUUCGAAAAAGUAGCUUUUGCAAGAAAAGGAGGUAAGUGCACAAAUAAGAAUUUGGAGGGCUUUGGAAAGGAGAUCGUUGCGAGGUGCGGGGGGCUUCCUCUGGCAAUAAAGGUUGUGGGUGGAAUGAUGUUUGGGAAAGGUGAUUCCAUCCAUGACUGGAGGCAAAUAUCGGAGCACCUAAAGGAGGAGUUGGAAAUCAGUAAGAAAGUUGAACCGGUCAUUUCUAGUCUGGAGUUAAGCUACCAAGAGCUCCCAACACACUUAAAACCUUGCUUCUUGUGCUUUGCCAUGUUUCCUGAAGAUUUUGAAAUUAACGUUGUGGACAUGAUUAACUGGUGGAUUGGUGAGGGUUUUGUUUGUGGAAGAAAUGGGAAAACCGCACUUGAGAUCGGAGAAGAUUGCAUUGCAGAAUUAUUUAAUCGAUUUUUGAUAGUUGGAGUGGGUAAAGAUGAGUUGGAAAUACGCUUUUUUCAUUGCAAAAUGCAUGAUAUGGUUCGAGAUAUGGUUGUAAAAAUUGCAAGAGAAGAGAGCUUUUUUGUGAGCUUGGACAGUGGAGGUAGGCCCGCAUUCAGUGAGCAGUCUCGCCGUGUGGGAAUUGUGAGGAAUACAGUAGAGAUUACUGGAAACAGUUCCAAGCUGCGGACGUUGGUUGGGAUGGAAAUUGAGAGCGAGGAGAUCAUUGCAAGUGUAAAACCAAAACUCUGCAAAGUUAGGUGGUUGAGGGUGUUAUCUCUUUCAUUGUCACCCUUGCUAAGGAUGCAUGUAGAUGUUGUGACUGAGGAUUGGUUGAGUGGGAUAGGUUCAUUACAGCACCUCGUUUAUCUUAAAAUAGAGAAUUCUGCCUUAAGAACACUCCCUGAUUCAAUCAGAAAUCUUCAUAAUCUUCAAAUUUUAUGUUUAAUCGACUGCCCCAAAUUGGAAAGGCUUCCACCAUCAAUCACAACAUUGGAGAAGCUGACAGCCAUCAGCAUCUUUCACUGCUCAUCUUUUGAAUGCAUGCCAGAAGGGCUUGGAAAGCUUUCAAAUCUUGAACGGUUAUUUGUGUUUAGGCCUGUGAAUUCGAUUUGUAGAAAUGGAUCCGGAAUUUCACAGUUGAAGACAUUGACAAGACUCAGAGAACUCUGGAUGGAGAUAAAGUCAGAUGAACAAAUAGAAGAAGGGGAAUGGAAUGUGUUAUCAAUGCUCCACCAUCUGCAAUUUCUAAACGUAAACUUUCAUGGCAGUUCUCUUAAAAGCGAUGGAUUUGUGAUGAAGAUAGACAGUGAGAUUUCUCCUCCGUUAAAAUACCUCAGAGAGUUGCAUCUUUGGGGAUAUCCAGGAGAAAAGACACCUGCGUGGCUCAGUCCUACUUCCCUUCCCAAUCUUCAGUUUCUUUCCAUUUAUGGGGGAAGGAUUAGGCAAAUGGGUCACAGUUUUUGGGACAACAAGAAUGCAGUAUGGAAAGUGGAGGUCUUGGUGCUAUCGAACUUAGAAGAGAUGGAUGAGGAGUGGCCGAGGAUGCGAAGUGCAAUGUCAUCUUUAAGACUCUUCAAGGUUUACCAGUGUCCGAUGCUUAAGUCAUUCCAAUUCGAAGUUACAAUUGAUGAUUGUAGGUGGUGCAUAUGGAGGAAAGAAGAAGAAGGAGAAGAAGGUGAGAAUAGUGUGAUUAAAGUGUAA